AAAGAGGAUGACUUGUCAUGCGCACAAGGGUUUUACGUGACCUAGUAAUCUACGGAAGCAGUUCUUCGAUCGGCAGUUCUGAUUUUUUUUCUCGUCAAAAAAUGCCGCUUUUCGGAGGUUCCUCACCUUUUGAUCAAGAUGUUGAAAAAGCCACAAGUGAGUCCAACAAGGGCGAAGACUGGGGGCUCAUUAUGGACAUCUGCGACAGAGUCUCUGGCCAACCACAGGCUGCCAAAGACGUCCUGAAGUCCAUCAUGAAAAGAGUACGAAACCCAGUUUCACAGGUUUGCCUCCAGGCACUAACGCUCCUGGGGGCAUGUGUCAGUAACUGCGGCAAGACGUUCCACUUGGAGCUCUGCAGCAGAGAUUUCAUGUCGGAAGCCAGGAACAUCGUCAGCAAGGGUAGUGGCAAAGUGUCGGAGAAGAUAAGAGGGCAAAUCAAGGAAUGGGCGGAGGAAUUCAAGAACGACCCACAACUCAAUUUGAUGGUUCAACUUUACGACAGCUUAAAAGCAGAAGGGUACGACUUUCCUGCAACGAGUCAGAAAACUUCACAGUCCACCAAACCGGCCCCAGUCACUACUCCUGCCCCAGCAGCAUCCUCCAGACAAGAGGAGGACGACAUUGCAAAAGCGAUCCAACUCUCGUUGCAACAGGACAAAGCCAAAACCAGCAGCCUGUAUCCCUCCGCCGGUCUCUACGCCAGUAUGACGCCCUCUGUGUCCGCGGCCACGACGAGGCGGGAGCCCCGAAAGGUCAAAGCACUUUACGACUUUGAGGCGGCAGAAGACAACGAACUGACGUUCAAGGCCGGGGAAAUAAUCAGUGUCUUAGAUGAUAGUGACACUAACUGGUGGAAGGGGGAGAAUUCCCGGGGGACCGGGUUGUUCCCGUCAAACUUUGUAACUGCCGAUCUUACCGCAGAGACUGAUGCUGAUAUUAGGGAAAGAGAGAAGAAGGUUUCAUUCGACGAGGAGGUCGAGGUCAGGACGAUCGAGUCCAUGGCUCCCGAGGUGGUUGAAAUCGACGAGGGACAGAUGGACAGCUGUCUAGAGAUGAUGCAGAAUGCUGACCCUACCGAGGCAAGGCCGGAUACACAGGAGAUGCUGGUGUUAGAAGACACGUGUAAGAGAAUGAACCCCCUGAUCAACCAGGAACUUGAAGCAGUCGACCGAGAGCACAUGGACUUGACCGCCCUCAACGCAAAGCUCAUUGAUGCGUUCUCCAUGUACCACAAGCUCAUGAAGGAAGCACCGGUGUACGGCUACUCGCUGAAGACCAUGAACAUGCCACAACAGGGCGUGGCUGGGCAGUACCAACCGGGCGUGGCCGGGCCGGGCAUGCCGGGAUUCGGGGAGGUACCGUACGGCGCUCCCCCGCAGGGCAUGUACGGUCCCCCUGGGGUGCAAGGCCAGAUGGGUCAGCCCAUUAUGCAGCAGGGGGGUGAGAUGGCCAUGCCGCAGGGGCAGAUGGCUAGCGGGAUGAUGACGCAAGGCAACCACCCCAUGACGAUGGCGCAGCCCGGACAGGCAAUGUACUCACAUCCUGGCACAGCGCAGCAGUACCAGACCCAGCCCGGCCCCAUGGCCCACAACAACAUGACCCACUACCAGGCCCCUCCCCAGAAUUCCAUGCACCAGAUGAGCGUCAACACCUCCACGUCCUACAGCGCCCAAGGCAGCGUCCCAUCCGGCGUGCAGGGACCGCCCAUCAUGGCACAGAACUAUAGCGGGGCACCAGUUGGGCAGCAGCCACCAAUGGGCACGCACCCGCAGCAACUCCAACAACCGAUGCAGCAGCAGCAGCAGCAACAACAGCAACAGCCGAUGUAUAUGUGAUUUCUCAAUUGGGACAUUACUCCAGCUUGGACCAUUUCCCAUUGGCUAAUUUUCGAAUUUGGGCCAUUUUCCCAUUUGGGCCAUUUUCCAAAUUGGGUCACUUUCCCAUUUGGGCCAUUUAAGGGAAAAGCUUAACACAGGAGUUUGCUAAGCAAGGUAAAUAUUUGCUUAGCAGGAAUACAGGUUACCAACCAAAAUGGCAUGCAAUGUGAACUGCUUGUAACUGGUACUCGGCUAAUUUACGCUUAGCACAUGAACUUGCUAAACACUAUUUUUUCUGCUUAACAUGCUUAACAGAUCCAGAACCUGCCACCGACACUUUAUACUUCAUAGAGCUGUUAUCAAAAUGUGCUCAGCACAAAGCAAAAUUGGAUAGCAAAAUUCUAACACCAACUUAAACAUCUUGUGAUUGACAUUCCUUCAUUGGUUAAUUUUGCUGAACAGCCAAGUCUGCUUACCAAUAUUUCCAAAUCAAAUUGUCAAGCAAUGCUUUUUGGUGUUCACAGCUCUGAUGAAAUUGGUUGCUUGGUAUUUGGCCCAAGUGAAUUUGGCAAACACUGCAUGCAGGUUAAGUGGUUGCUAUGGUAACAUCAGUUGUAACCCAGUGGCGUUGCUAGGUAACCAAACUUUAAGAUAAGUAACUUUUGAAGGGUUUAAGUUAGUAAAAGUAAAAAAACAAUUACAAUUGGACGAUUUACAAUUUGUAUACUUGUAUAUUUUCAAAAAAAAUGAAAGUGCAUAGAAUUCCACUGUAAUUGGCACAAUUUUGUCUUCAGCUGAAAAAUGUAACCUAGCAACGCCACUGCUUAUUUUGUACAUAAAACAUCUGUUCGUGUAUUCUGUAUCACGUCGUAUGUACAGUGCUAACUGCAGAUAUAUUGUAUUGAUAAAAGCAAGUAACCAAGGAAUGAAAUUAUGAACUUUAGUACGGACAAUUGAAGGCCAGAAGUGGAAGCCUUUUGGUUUAAUCUACACGGAUUAUUAUUUGAGGAUGAAAAAAAUGCCGUCUUGUCUAAAUGUGGUCAUAAAAGUAAUGUCAAAUUUGCAUACAAUUAAUAUGUAUGGUAAUGACAAAUAGUCUGGUGCCAGUGACAUGUUGUUUACCUUUGCCAUUGGUUAAGGAAGCAUUAAAAUAAAGAUGGCCAUUGGAAGCAAGACUUUACCUUUUCAGCUGGCCAUAUCCAAAUAUGGUCAUAAAAUUGAUGUCAAAUUUGCAUACAAUUUAUGUAUGGUAAUGGAAAAUAGUCUGGUGCCAGUGAUAUGUUGUUAUCUUUGGCAUUGGUAAAAGGAAGCAUUAAAAUAAAAAGGGCCAUUGGAGACAAGACUACCCUUCAGCUGGCCAUGUCCAAAUACGGUCAUAAAAUAUGUGUCCAAUUUGCAUACAAAUGUUAGUUUGGUAUUGAAAAUAGUCUGGUGCCUGUGAUCUUGAAUCACAAUUGAUAUCUCAAGUUACUGUGGGUGAAGUAAAGCAUUAAGAUAAAGAUGGUAAUUGGGGACAAGACUACUCCUUCGUGGAUAAUGUAAAAGCUCUCUCAUUAAAAAGCAUUGCAAUUUGUCUACGUUUUCGCUACUAUUUCUGUAUUUUAUGGGAACCCCCUGAAAAGUUCAUGAACAGAAAGAGGCAGACCUCAGAAAAACUUCAAAAUUUCCAGUUAAUGUUACAGCUGACUACUUUAGAUUAUUUAAUUUAGCCGUAAUGUUUAAAUCCUUAUUCUGUACAUAAUUUCACAAUUAUAAGCAUAAUGUAUAAAUAUGUCAAAUAAUUUGUAUUGUGUUAUUGCAACUGACAUAGACAAUGAACCAAAAAAAAUGCCUGAAAUUUCAUUGUUUGGGACAAAACGUGUGUAAUUCAGACAAAGGUUUGUAGAAUUUCACAAAUGAAGGGGUAUGCACAUUUCUGACAAAAAGAUUGAAGACAUUUAGAGUUCAUGUUUAUAGCAUAUUAACAAGCUGUUAUUUUUGCCUCUUCAGUGUAUAACCAUUUUGGCAUUUCAGCAUCCAUUCAUUAAAUUCACUCCAUAUUUGCUCCUUUUUUGAAUAGUAAAUAAAAUUUUAUCUUUUAUUCAUAAA